UCCGCACUCACGCAGUUCAUAAACGCCAUGAUGCGCUAGGGAACACGACCGAAUCGCUGCUCCCAUGUUUUUCGUGAGUGAAGUCGUUAGCGGAGUAGAAAUAGAAAAUAACGUGUAGAGUGCAGUGCAGUGCGAGUGUGUGUGUGUGUGCGUGUGGAUUAUAAGAAGUAGAGGAAAAAGUGGGUGCAGUUUUGGUGGUGUGUAGCAGUGAAAAAGCAAACAAAGUGUUACAAAAAUAAGGAAGUGAAUUGUGCAUAACAGCUCCCAGUGGAGGAACUUUCCUCCACAAAUCUUCCCAAAACAGUGGAAGUAUCGCUUUAUUGUUCGAUUUAGUGUGUCUGUACAGCAGGCUACUGGGAGUUGCUAUAAAGGACCUCUUCUUCGUUGCACGCACACCACUACACAAGGCAGCAGUAAACAGCAAAGCAGCAGCAGCAGCAGCGCAGCAGAAAGCAUACAAUUGCGCCGGUAACACUUGGUGGGUGCAUCACAUACACUCACACAAGCGUAAAAUUUGCACCACCACCACCAGCAAACGGUGGUUUCCUACACAGGAAGGAAUAACGCUCCUUACCGGAAGCUGGACGGUGUGCCGUGCUCUGCCUACUGCAAGAAAUUCCUCACGCGUCAGCUGUUGUGUAUGAAUCCCGGCCGUCGUUCUUCGUGCUGAAGUGAAUUUUGCACCCACUACUGCAACAUCGUUCUGGUGGAACGCAAAUACAACAAAAAGCCGCACAAAACGCGUAAAUUUUCGCAACAAAAGCGCAACACAAGAUGAGUGAACAAAGUAUUAUCGGUGCCCGGGCCUCGGUCAUGGUGUACGACGAUGUGCAGCGGAAGUGGAUUCCGUCCGGCAGCUCGUCCGGCCUGAGCAAGGUGCAAAUCUUCCACCAUCAGCAAAACAACACGUUCCGCGUCGUUGGCCGGAAACUGCAGGACCAUGAGGUCGUCAUCAACUGCUCGAUCAUCAAGGGCCUCAAGUAUAAUCAGGCCACCGCCACGUUCCACCAGUGGCGCGAUUCCAAGUUCGUGUACGGUUUGAACUUUUCCAGCCCGAUGGAUGCGGAAGCGUUUGCCCGUGCAAUGAUGCACGCCCUGGAUGUUUUGAGUGGACGGGUUCCACCGUCGGCGACCAUGCAAACGACCAAUCCAAACCCGAGCCAGAUGGCUGCGGCGUACGAGGAGGACAUGGGCUAUCGUACGAUGACCCGUGAAGAUGCGGCCAUCAUGCAGCAACAGCAGCAGAUGACUAGUCAACCGCCGGGUGUGGGCCCACCGCAGCAACCGCCCAACUCCAUACCGGGUCCGGGCGGUGGCAUACUGUCCCCCCAGACGCCCACAUCUCAGACGCUGCCAUCACAAGCCACACAGCAGCAGCAGCAGCAGCAACAACAGACGCAUCAUCGUACAAACAGUGCACCACCGGUCCCGCCAGCGUUACCGACACAGCAACAGCAGGCAUCGCAGCAGGCACAGCAGCAGCAGCAGCAGCAGCAACAGAAACCGAUCUAUGCAUCACAGCAGAGCAACAGCAGUACCAACAGUAUUACCUAUGGCAACAAUUCGCAACAGUAUCCGCAGCCCAUCUACGUAGCAUCGAAUCAAAACCAUCAAAUGCUGAAUCAGUCGGUGUUGGCACCGCAACCGCCGCAGCAACCACCGCCGCCCCAGCAACAGCAGCCACCGCAGAUACCGUCGAACCUGUCGAACGGUUCGAUUUACGCGACGGCCACGUGCUCGCCGAGCGCGACCAACAGCAAUCCAUCGAACCCGAUCUACGCCGGCCAGCAGCAGCUAGUGUCGCAACAGCAGCCGCAGUCGGUGCAGCCACAGCCGCCGCCACCACCGAUGAUGAUGCCACCGAAUGGGUACGGGCCACCGAACGGUGUCGGUGGUCCGUACGGUGCCGGGCAACCACAGUACGGCAUUCCACCGGUUCCUCAGAUGCCAAUGCAGCCGCUACAACAGCAACCACCCCCGUCGCAGAUGCAACAGACGAACGCCGCUCCUCCACCACCGCCAAUGAUGCCGCCAAUGUUCCCCAUGUCUUCUGCACCAUCGAACAUACCCCAGCCACCAGCACCACCCAUGCCACCAAACGUGAAUAAUGCGGCUGCUCCACCACCACCGCCACCCCCACCCGGAAUGCUUUCCUCGAAACCGGGUGAAAUCAAUUCCUUGGCCCUGCAGCUGGCCAGUGCCAAACUGAAACGCAGCCAACCACCGAAAGGCGCGUCGUCCGGUGUGGGCAAUGCUGGAGCGUCGUCCACCACCACGCUCACUUCCGCCACCAGCGGCAACAAUGUUGCGGCGUCCACCGUGACGGAAAACAGUGGCAGCAGUACAUCGAGCGGAGGUAGUGGUAAUUAUGGAACCAUAGGACGAUCGUCAUCCGGCAUGGCAUCGAUGAUGGAUGAAAUGGCAAAGACUCUUGCUAGGCGUCGAGCGCAGGCAGAAAAGAAGGAGCCGGACUCCAACGAUGAUGGUGGAGCCGGAGGUUCCGGAGGACGCCAGCGGGCCUGGGAAAAGUCGAGCACACUACCGCACAAACUAGGUAGCAAUAAUGCAAACGGAGGAGGAGGAGGAGGCGGCAACAGUUCCGGUGCCGGUGGUGCUAGUCUGAGCGGUUCGGAAUCACCGAAACCGCGGAUGCGUUUCGGCAGUUCCAGCGAAGGAACGAUACUAAAUCAGAUCAAUGGUGGCGACGGUUUCUCCCUUCCGACUGCGGUCGAGUUCGACAAUCUGAAGGAGGAAAUUUUACGCGAAAUGCGUAACGAGCUCGCGAAAGCAAAGCAAGAAAUUAUAGAAGCUAUCAAAUCCGAAUUCAACCGCAGGUAAACAAACGCGGGCCCGUUUACCUUUCUGUUAUAUGCUUCUGUUUUUAAGCGCUCUGCAACGAACGAGAAACACUGCGCGCGCGCAUACACACGCAUUUCUAUUUCUACUGCAACAACAACAACAACAAAAACAAAAACUACUACCACAUACUACAACACUAUGAUAACUGUUACUGUAACGAAGAGAACGAUAAGCAAAAUGGGAACGCGACCAGAUCGGGGGCCGGCCGCCACAGGCAAGUCACGGUGAGAAACGGCAUCGAACGGCAACAGGCAACGAUUGGACGACAACGGGGAGAGAGAGGGGGAUGGUGAAGAUACGGUGGACAUUCGGACGCCGCCGCGUACACAGGAACACGGGUUUCCGCUGGCGGGUCGACAGAUUUUACUUCAAUUGAUAGACAUCCUUUAUCGCCACUUGCACACGUAAUGAGCCAGUUGUUUUUGGGUUUGCUAAUUUAAUUUUACGUCCAAGCUUACGACGUAUCGACCUACGUGCGAUUCCAUUUCCGCCAUUUUCUUAUCGUUUGGUUAGGCGCGUAGUGGAUAAAACUUACUUCGAAAUACAUUGGUCUUUGUAUAUAAUUUAAUUGCUGCGAAGGUUUUGUUUUUGAUUUUUGCCGUUGUCGGUUUGGUUUAACAGCGUUUAACGACUUGUUUUGUAAAUUUCCUGCAGCAUCUUUCCUCUCUGUAAAGGACUAUUUCAACGCCGGAUUUAAAUUUUGUGAAAAUACGUAUUUAUAAUGUAGGAUAACGUUGAGUUUGUUGGGAAAAGUUAGUACCGUUCUAGCGCUGUCUUUUGCCGAUCUAGUAUCUUGACCUCAUUGGCGACUUUAUCUGCUUUUCAUUGGUCUUCCACACAUUUGGAGCCACUUCCGUUCGAACUCAGCUGAGAGAUUUUUGUCCUAUUGUAACGUCGAGUUCUGGUCUCGGUGGCGUAUACGACUGGUAUCGCGAGUGGAGAAGCUUCCUUAGGCUCGAGUUCCCAUACUUGCAAACCUUCCAAAGUAAAGGCUGAAAACAGGACAGUAACUCGCUUUAAGACGGUAACAUUUUAUUUCAAUUUAGCCUGAGAAACAAUGGAAAGCAGUCAGGAUGAUCCUUGUGUUGAAGUAGUAGUCUUUGGCAGAAAGGAAAAAUACUCUUUGCUUUCAAAAAAUUGAACGCCUAAACGCUGGUUAACAGUACACUAUUUUUUCAUGUAUGGCCAUAGAGAAAAAUGGACGAAGAGUUGGUGUAUCGAGCGAGAGCGAUAAAGGAUGAUAAGGAUUUAAAUCCUAGACACACACUGUAUAGCAGGGCGCAGGACAGGUUAACGAUGUUGACUGUUGGAGCCUGAAGGUGGAACGAAUAGCGACGCGAUGGGAUACUGAGUAUCCGAGUGUCCCCUUAGCAAAUCCGUGUGGUCCACGCAACAUUUCCGUUCUUUGUACUACUACUGAGAAGCUAGCCUUGGGCACAGUUAUUCGGUUUGAAUUAUUUUGGUUGUUUCAUAUGCCCCACAGUCGAAACGAAAUCAUCACUCCCACCAAGAGCAAAAAGUCGUGUGAACAAAAUCGAAUACACACCAUUUAAAAUGCGCGAAGGAAGCUGAACUACAAGACUCCAACACGUUUAUACAUAUAUCGGCGAUGAGAGAACUGUAAGCAAUUAGCAUAAUAUCCAUAACGGAACGACGUUGGGAUGGGGCAAAAGCACAGCAAGCAUUCGGAUGGCGUGUCUCUCCGUGUGGAGUUUGAUAUAAAUUUUGCGUGUGCGUCCGCGCCAUCGUUGUGUCCGUGUGUACGCCCAGGCUCCGUGGACAUUUUUUUGUUGUUGCCUCAUCUGUCUCUCAUCUCGUACCGCAUGGUAGUAGGUAGUAGGUAGUAGUAGUAGCAGCAGCAGCAGCAAACCGUAUCAUCAUCGUAUAAGCUCUCACGAAAUUUGGACACUAACCGGGAGAGCCCCGGGGCAAGUGGAUAGCGCUUCGUGUGCUUGCGUCGUUAUUAUUGCUAGGUAGAAGAACACUGAACCAUACCAGCUCUUUAAAUCGAAUGUCUAUCCAAUGUGUCUCCUCUCUGUGUGUGUGCGUGUGAGUGUGUGUGUGUCAGCCAUAUUAUCCUGUCUCAUUAUUCUAACUCGUUGGCGAGGAACGAAGCGAAAAAGAAAAUUCAAAAUCACACUAAACUUUCAAACGUAACCUAAGCAUCAUCGGGAACAUAAAGCUAAAUUUAAACUAAACGUAACUAUUUAAGGCCGGCCGGGAUAGUGAAAGCGGAGUGUAGCAUAGAGAGUGCUGAAAAAUGAUCCCCCUGACGCGCAGCAAAAUAGUGAAAUGGCGAAGGUAGAGAGCGUGCCAGAGGAACGUGCUGUAUCCUGGAAUGCAGCAAAAAAAAAAACAACACGCUGCACACACACACCGAAGCAGAUUCAAAUCAAAAUGUAGAACAAAUUUAAUCAUCAUCACUCCAUACGAGCGCGGGGGGGAGGGGCGGGGGGAUGUGAUUUGAUUAGUGGGAGAGAAGCAUAUUAGAUGGGCUAAAACAGCAAACAGAAGCGUGCCGCGCGGGGCACUUAAUUGUAAGGUGAGCACAAACGCGAUUAAACAUUAAAAACUCGCGCGUGCGCAUGUAAGCGAUUUGGAAAACGGAUUCCGAAAGAGAGACUUGUACUCAAAUCGACUCAAAUUUUUUUGUACAUAAACGAAAGACUAAAGCAUGCCCAAGAAGGGAAGCCGAAGUGAUGGUAGCUGCGAAUAAUCGGACGCUAGGAGCAGCGAACAGAAUGUAUAACCGCGAUACUUUCAUUUAUAGUCAUGAUGGUGUAGUCUAAGCGAGGAAGAAUGAAAGGCGCAAAGAUACGACUGUGUGCGUGUGUGCGUGUGCCCGCGCUGUGUGUGUUAGGCACAUUACCGUACGUACCGGGCAGACGGGGGCAUCAUCACGGAAGCAGAAAGGCGGGGUGAGUUAAAAUUAAAGUAAAUCUUCCCUCGGAACUGAACUGACAUAUUAUUGUGUGAGAGUGUGUGUGUGUGUGCGAGAAGAAUGCGGGGGGGGGGGGGUAUUCGUCUGACCCCGUUAAUCUCGCCCCACGAACAUGGGGGGAAGAAGCGAUUGUAGAGCGGCAAACAAGCAAACUACUCUUCUUACCACGUGCCGGACCGAGCGAAACGCAUAGAUAUGCUCUCUUUUAAAUUAUAACGACGAAGGCACACAAACACACACACACACAAAUACGCUUUAAAACGGAUGGAAGAUGAACUCGACACACACACACACACCGAACACGUUAUACAAUACAAUAAUCCUCCUAUCCUUAAUAUGUAAAAAAAGAGAUGGCGGCCGGUAACUAACACCACUUUGCAAAAUUGAAGUUUUUCUGGAAAACACCGCCAAGUAUCACAACAGCCACACACCGCCUGCAUGCUGUUCCGAUAGCGAAUACAUAGAACAAAGCGAUAAAGCAGAUAGCUUGAUACAGAAGCGAAACGACCUACACCACAACACAGAACACACGCCGGACGUUUCCGGGCAAGGGCUUUGUACAGAAGGGCGGCCAGUUUAGCUUCACAAUCCUCUAGUACGGUUAUGGGUUGCUAGUUUUGAGUACUUUUUUUUACAGUGUUUGACUGAAACAUGCUUCCACGAUGGCGGCCCGGGCUUCAAAUCCCAUCCAGACCGCCUGUCAAACUACGCGGCAUUGUCAAGUCUAGUAUGCCAGAUAUGGCAGGCAUGCCCUAAGAGGGCGUUAGGCCCAUAAGAGAGAGGGAUCUGUUCACACGUUGGGGUUAAAAUAUUUCCCGCAGUGGGAAAUCAGAAUUUUUGAAGGACUUCUCCUGCAUGAAGGCCAACAAGAAGGUUUGUCUUACAGAUGAAAGAUCCGUUGGUAGUUUAGAACCAGUUGAAUAACUCAAUUUGGGCAAGUACAAAUCUGAAAAACACGUCGCACCCGGAUGUCUUCAAAGACCCCACCAAUUGAGAAGGCGAUCGUUACAAAAUUGGAUUGAAUGUUGAAUAUUUUGCUUGAAAAGCUGUUAUUAACUAAAACUAAAUCAUUUGUGAUGAAAAAGGAACCUUUUCCCAAUAACAUUCGCCCUUUUUUACCGUGCCGUUCCCUUUGUUAUCACUGUUAGUAGUGAUGGGCAAAACGAUGGUUUGAUCGGAAUCGAUUCCGGAGCGCUCCGAAAUUUUGCAGAAUCGAUUCCCACGAGUAGGUCCGGAAUCAAUAUGGGAACCGAUUCCGGACACGAUUUUAAAUCCGAUUCCGGAAUCGGUUCCGGAACUGGAUCCGGAAUCAGAUUCGGAAUUGAAUUUUUAUUUGUUCAUGAAUAUGCCUUUCCUUUGUUAUCUAAUCUUACAACAACUAUUCUCAUUUUGACCUAACCUUCUUCAAAAGUUUUGGGUAUCUCGGUGGCGAAAAGUGAGUGCCCGUGAGUUUGGUGGGGUCUUUAUUCAGCCUUUAGCCGAGAACAGAAUGCCAUCUUACGAAAACUCUCGAGAUUGUAGAGCAACAGAAGAAUAAGAAUUAGGAUUUUGUAUCCUAAUCGUAUUUGAGAUUGAUUCCUUAGUUUGUUCCGGAUUAAGCACCGUACUUGACUCCGGAAUUGGAUCCGGAAUUGGAUUCGUAAUCUGAAUCCGAUAACAGAAUCGGAACCAGGUAGUUCCGAAGAAGUUUGGUAUUUGGAAUUUGUUCCCUAAUCGUAAUUGAGAUUGAUUCCGAAUUUAGUUCCGUACUUGAUUCCGUCUUGACUAUCGAACCGAAUCUGGAAUCGGAUUCGGAAUCGGAAUCAGAACCUUAGCCGCGAACCCAGCACCACUUGAGUUGGAAUGUUUGGCGGUGUUGGUCAUUUACCCGUUUUUAUAUUUCUGAAUUAUUUAUUCACCAAAUCAUCCUUGCCUAUCUGUACAAAGCCCCUCCAACCAGGAACGCUCCGAACACAAAUCUUAACCACACUCUGGACAUAUAUAGUAAAGGAAGGCAAGGUAAUGGUACACUGACGAGGGUCUGGGUCUGGGGUAAAGGUAAUCGUAACUCGUAAGGAUCAAUGAAAGGAGACAGUUAAAAAAUGAAACAUUGAAGAGAAAGUAAAAGAAUAGGGAAAGAAGAUUUAUUGCAGGCGAUAAAGAUAAGCGCAACGACGGUCUCCUCAGUGGGAGUUGGUAAUCGAUCCGUUACAGUUUCAGUUCCUCCGUUUCGACACACAUUUCGACUUCCAUACAAAGUACUUGUCUUCUUCCCCUGUUUAUAAUUGGAAUCAGCCAGCAUACAAACAAAAAAACGUAAUAAUGAGCAGUAUUAACAGAUGGACACCACCAGAGUAGUAAACCGCGUGUGCAGUGCAGUCCGCGAUGGGCAGUGGUGGCCAGUGCGGUAGUCAGUGUAUAGUAAAAAAAGGAACGGCCCAUGGUCCCAUUCGUGCAGAUAAAUAUGUAUAUGUUUUAACAUGUGUGUGCGUGAGUUCGAAGAAUUUAAAUUAGUUUUCCUUUCUAAUGUUCGAUUUCGUUCGUUAUCAUUGCAAAGAGCGAAGCACCACCACACACACACACACACACCUGUUGUAAAUGCUUUUUAGAACGCUUUUUCUUUAUUCGAGUGACGCUACUUACAUUGUACCGCGUCAGGAAGAAGAGGGGAGUGAAAGGGGGAAAAGGGGCAGACCCCUCAUUUUGAACUGUGAUUGUUCGGUGUCACGAUAGAGACGAGAUGGUGGUGUCCUGUGGGUCUCCUUCCUUUUUUGUUUUUUUUGCAACGAUGAAUGUUUCUCGAAUAGGAAGGAAUCGAUUUUUAUCCGUUUUUUGUCGAUCACUUCUUGACAGAGUAACACACACACCAACACACCAACACACGAUGCGCAGCCUAGGAUAUAUGUAAGUUGAGUUGAGCUGAGGUUGGGGCUGGAUGGAUUGAAGGAUGAUGGACGCUAGUGAUGGGUGGGUCGACCCGAACCUACCGAGUCGGAACUUGACUCGACUCCGGGUCGAUCCGUAAAAAGAGCCGUAUGACCCAUCAUUAAUGGACACGAAAUUUGGUGCAAAGGAUUAGAGUUUAAUGGGGAAGAGAGGGGGGGGGGGGGGGGGGGAAGAAUUUAGAAGGGAAGAUGGUCCGAUCUAUUACGCGGUUAGAGACAUGCAAAAAAAGGGUAUGCACACGCACUAUACAUACAUACAUACACGACGAACGCUAUUGAAUGGACGUGUGUGUGUGUGUGUGUCUGGAUGUGUGCAUAUACAUUAGAUGAUUUGUGAUUUUAUGUUAAAUAUAACUUUUGUAUUAUUACUUUUAUUUACCUAUUUACGAUUUAGAGACGUGAAGGAAGCGACUAUUGAAAUAUAUACAUAUAUACACUACACACACAAACAAACAAAACACACACACAAACACUUAUCUUAUUAUUCGCCAAGGCAAGGGAAACGAGAACAGAAGCUAAUAUUAGGAGCAAAUUAACUGAACGCUGAACGAUUUUUGGGCGAUAGAUAAAACGCCCGGCCGGUAGAAGCCGGUUGAAUGUGGCUGAAACGAACAAAAAAAAGAAGGACCGUAACCAAUUCGAGUGGUUCAAACGAAAAAAAA